AUGGCUAAUAGUCAAAAUGUCGAAUGGAAGGCUGGAUCUCUUGCAGCAGUUGCUCGGAUGGAAGAAGCUGGCGACGCUGUCGCAUCCACAGAAGUCAUGAAUUGUGGCCCGCUAAUUGCUCUGAAGUGCCCUCUUUUUGGAUGGCCAAGAUGCGGCACUGAUCCGAGCGAGCGUCAAUCGUUGAUGCAACCGGCCAAUAGUCAAAAGGUUUCCUUUGCCAUUAUGAUGGACCAAGAGAGAUCCAAGGAAAAGGAAGUGGCAAUUCAAAGUCAUCCGACAAUACUCCGUGGCAUAUUGCGUAUCAUGGAUUGGUCCGAGCGGUGGUUCUAUAAAAAGGCCAUACUGCCAUCAAUUGACGGUCCACCGGGAUUGACCUUGAAUGGCAAUGAACAAGAUAUUGUAUUGGAGGCUAGUAGUUCACCUGGUCUGGAAACUGUUCGCUUGACCUUUCCUACCAUCACUAUAUUUCAAUAA